AUGGAGCAUGCUGGAGAAAAGGGCCAAGAGCUUAGCUCCUCCAGAAUAUCUUCAACUGCCCCCAACCUCCACCCUCUUCCUAUCCCACCCCCACCACAUCUCAGGGCGGGGUAUGACAGCACCCCAGCACAUUCAGACGCUCGCAGCCUCGGUGCGGCGCCUACCGGUGCCGGCGUGGGACGAUCUCCGUGGCUGGCUGCAGCGAGUCUGCCCGGCUCCGCGGAGCGCCUGUGCCCGCCGCGCGGCGCCGCGGGAGAGGCCCCUGAGAGGCGUGGCGAGGUCCUGGGCCGGCGGCGGUUCGGCCGGAGGAGGCCAGGUAAAGAGAAAAGAGGAAAAGGCCAGCGCAAGGCUCGCGGGAAGCAGCAGAAGAAAGCAGAGGUGGACAUCCUGAGCCCCGCGGCCAUGCUGAACCUCUACUACAUCGCACACAACGUGGCCGACUGCCUGCACCUGCGCGGCUUCCCCUGGCCCGGUGCGCCCAAGGGGAAGAAGGGGAGGAACAAGACUUAGGGGACAGCACCCGCCAGCGCACCUCUGGAACGGAGAACAGAACUUGGGGAAGAGAAAUCAGGAUAACACGACUAUCGCAAGCAAAAUAGAUUUUACCGAAGACAACUUGAUAUGCAGGCUCAGUGUGCUUUUCUGUGGUAGCUAAUGAUUAAGGAAUGCAUUUUACUUCCUCAGCUAAGCCAGGUAGGGUUAGCCACUUGGGUUUUUCAGAAGUUGGGCGGUGGGAGGAGAAUGAGUAAUUCCUACACAGUAUGGUGGAAUUGAUAGUACUUUAAAAAUUAUAAUUCUGGGUCAGAAUUAAACCUUGCUCUCAAAAAGAGAGUUCUAGGGCCGGCCCGUGUCUCACUCGGGAGAGUGUGGUGCUGAAAAAGAGAGUUCUAGUUUGCAUGAGUUUUCUUUUGCCAACAGGGGUUUGUUAUUUGGAGAAGAUACAGUAGAAAGCACAGGAUUUCCUUAUGAACAUUCCUUAAUU